UCCAAGCCGAGAACUCACAGCCGCCAGAUUCUAAGUAAAUCAGUUCAGACCGUCCAUCGUAAGUCGGUUUAAAAAACUGACAUAGAUGGGAACAAAUCUCACAUUUGUCUUUUUGAUUGAAAUAAAAUCCCAAACUCGAUAAAAAAAAAUGCAAUCAUCAUCAUCUGUUCGUAGAAGAAGUCUCUACCUCAUCCUCAACCUCAUCGUAAUCGUCUCGCUCCUUGCAUCGAUCACCAUGGCUGAAUCAACCGGAGAAGCAUCGUCAGAAGCAAAGGUUCACAUCGUCUACACAGAGAAACCCACCAACGAUGAAGAACCUAAAGACUAUCAUCUCCGUACCCUUUCCUCUGCUCUCGGCAGCGAAGAAGCUGCGAAGGAUGCUUUGAUUUACAGUUACAAGGAAGCUGCUUCUGGUUUCUCUGCUAAGCUCACACCUGAGCAAGUCGCUGAGAUUUCAAAGCAACCAGGUGUGCUUCAAGUUGUGCCAAGUCAGACUUACCAGUUGCACAAACCUGUUGGUGGUGGUUUCAAGCUGACCUAACUAAAAAUGUAGCUUGUUGUUGUUAUAUAAUGUCGUGGCUUUGACAAUUCGUAUCUAACUAAAAUAAUGCCAUGGGUUUGCUAAAGUUGUUCUGUGUUGUUGAGAAUUGGAUUUUAUAAAUAUAUUAUUUUAAGAUAAUUGUCA